CGUUGAUGCUCCACACUUUUCUACUUUUUUCCGUAUUCCGCAAUUGUCCGUAUGUAAUACAGUACAGUACAAAAUCAUCCAUCUUUCAUAUUUCGACGGAUGAGUCAGCUCCCUCCCAUCUCAGACAGUACCCACAGUUCUCUGAUCGGAAAUGGAGAAAGGAAGCAGGGCCAUUUUCGCCGCCUUUGCACUGCUUCUGUGUACGAUUUCAUGGAGUGUCGCCGCCGCGGCAAGGCCAAAACAGCAGCAGCCACUUCACCCAUUCCGCCGCCAAAUGAUUGAGCAAAGGGGAAAGGGGAACGCCAUUGUUAACCCCGAUAUCUAUGAUACUUCCAACUACGGCAUUCUUCAGCUCGACAAUGGCUUAGCUCAAACUCCUCAGAUGGGAUGGAACAGCUGGAAUUUAUUUGCCUGUAAAAUUAACGAGACCAUCGUCAGAGAAACUGCUGAUGCACUCAUCUCAACUGGUUUGGCGAAGUUGGGUUAUACGUAUGUAAACAUCGAUGAUUGCUGGUCCACUACAUUAAGGAAUUCAAAGGGUGAAUUAGUAGCUGAUCCAAAUUCUUUUCCAUCCGGGAUAAAAGCUCUUGCGGAUUAUGUGCAUGAAAAAGGACUCAGACUGGGUAUCUACUCUGAUGCCGGGGUUUUUACGUGUCAAGUUCGAGCUGGAUCACUAUAUCAUGAAAAUGAUGAUGCAGCACUUUGGGCAUCUUGGGGUGUUGAUUACUUGAAAUAUGACAACUGCUUCAAUCUGGGUAUUGAACCACAGAAAAGAUAUCCAGUAAUGCGUGAUGCCCUAAAUGCCAGUGGGCACAGUGUGUUCUAUGCACUUUGUGAGUGGGGCGUGGAUGAUCCUGCAUUAUGGGGUCGUGCUGUUGGAAAUAGUUGGCGUACUACAGAUGACAUCAAUGAUACUUGGGCAAGCAUGACAACAAUUGCUGAUAUCAACAAUAAGUGGGCUGCAUACGCCGGACCUGGUGGAUGGAAUGACCCUGAUAUGCUUGAGGUUGGCAAUGGGGGUAUGAACUACGACGAGUACCGAGCACAUUUUAGCAUUUGGGCAUUAAUGAAGGCCCCACUUAUUAUUGGUUGUGAUAUUAGGAAUAUGACUGCUGAAACGUUUGAAAUCCUCAGCAAUUCAGAAGUUAUUAGUGUAAACCAAGAUCCACUUGGAGUUCAAGGAAAGAAAGUUUCAGUUUCUGGAGCAGAUGGGUGCCAGGAGGUUUGGGCAGGGCCAUUGUCUGGAAAUCGUUUCGUGGUAGCACUUUGGAACCGAUGCUCAGAAGAGGCAACGAUUACUGCUCAGUGGGAUGCAAUUGGACUUCAAUCUACUGCCACCGUCUCCGUUAGAGAUUUAUGGAAGCACGAAGUGGUUUCAGAGAACACGGAGAGAUCAUUCAGUGCUCAGGUUAAGCCCCAUGGCUCUGAACUAUACAUUUUCACUCCCCAGGCAGCGGAGAAGAGCUCUUCUCUUCAUUGUGAUUCUUGUGUUAUGUAAGUAUUGUAUUUUCUGUGCUGGGUAGCCUAGUUUAAAUAAUGUAUGUCCAGAGUGCUGCCCUUAAAGCCAUGUAAUAAAAACCUGAAGACUUCUUUAGGUUGAACUGCCAAUUUGCCUCAUUUCAUGUGUGUGUUUAUUUAAUAAUAAGUUUCAGUAUACAUAAAUAGCUCCUUUUAG